GCCGGUUAUAAGGGGUGCGCGCGCCGGCGGUGGCCUCUUGCAGCCAGGAGUGGAGCGGAGCGGAACCGGCCAUGGGGUUCGGAGACUUGAAGGCCGCGUCCGGUCUACAGAUGCUCAACGACUACCUGGCGGAUCGCAGCUACAUCGAGGGGUAUGUCCCUUCACAAGCAGACAUUGCUGUGUAUGAAGCUCUUGGUGCGCCACCUUUGUCUACUUUCUACCAUGCACUUCGGUGGUACAAUCAUAUUCGUUCCUACGAAAGCACAAAGUCCAGCCUUCCAGGUGUUAAACAGCCACUUGGUAAAUAUGGUCCACAAAAUGUAGCAGAUACAACCUCCGCGAAAGCAUCAGUAGACGACGAUGAUGAUAUUGAUCUCUUUGGCUCUGAUGAAGAAGAGGAAAGUGGUGAAGCUCAAAGGGUCAGGGAAGAACGUCUCGCUCAAUAUGAAUCUAAAAAGACUAAAAAACCAGCACUCGUUGCUAAAUCAUGUAUUUUAUUGGAUGUAAAACCAUGGGAUGAUGAAACUGACAUGUCAAAACUGGAAGAAUGUGUACGUUCUGUCGUGUUGAAUGGCUUAGUUUGGGGUUGCUCCAAACUAGUUCCAGUGGGUUAUGGCAUCAAGAAACUGCAGAUCCAAUGUGUGGUGGAAGAUGACAAGGUGGGAACAGAUCUAUUGGAAGAAACUAUCACUGCAUUUGAAGAUUUUGUUCAAUCAGUUGAUGUGGCAGCCUUCAAUAAAGUAUAAAAAAAAGCUGAUGAAUACAAUAAAAAUUAGCAUCUGCAGAA